UCUCUCUCUCUCUAGAAUCCAUAAUCCAUUGAAUUGUCCAACAGGCUUCCUCUCUCUCUCUUCUUCUUUCUCCUUCUAAAAUCUGUAUUCCAAUCUCCAUUCUUUUUUCUCUCUCUAGAAUCUGUAAUCCAAUCUCUCUCUCUCUCUCUCUAAAAAGAGCAUCUUCUUGUCUUACCAUGAAUAAACGAGAAUAACAUGGUGCCUGCAAAACCGCUCUUCCCACCCAUAUGGGAUGGUUUUAAGGGAAACCACAGAUGCUCUUGGGCUGUUUUGUCUCUGGUAUUGACCUUCAUGGCAGUUUCAUGGCUUCAAAUCAACACAAAAGCGGUAUUCCCCCUCUCUUUUUCCUCUUCAACCGCCCAAGAAGAAAGUGGUUUUGCAACGGAAAGCCAGGACCCCAACAGUUGUAUUGGGUUCUUCAGGCCGACCUCAAAAAGGACAAAAGUAGUUUCUAUAACAGAGUUUGGUGGUAUUGGAGAUGGGAAAACUUCGAACACAGAUGCUUUCAAGAAAGCCUUAAAUUUUUGCAGAGGUUUUGGAGAGAAGGGUGGUUCUCGGCUUAAUAUACCGGCCGGGCAAUGGCUAACAGGGAGCUUCAAUCUCACCAGUAAUUUUACUCUUUAUUUAGAGAGAGAUGCUGUUAUAUUGGGGUCACAGGACGUGAAGGAGUGGCCUGUAAUAGCACCCCUACCAUCCUAUGGCCGUGGAAGAGAGAGACUGGGAGGCAGGCAUAUAAGCCUCAUUCAUGGGGAUGCCCUUACAGACGUUGUCAUCACAGGAGAAAAUGGGACAAUAGAUGGGCAAGGGAAAAUGUGGUGGGAGAUGUGGUGGAACAGGUCUUUGGAGCAGACUAGGGGCCAUCUCUUGGAAAUUAUGAAUUCCAAAAACAUCCUCAUCUCCAACCUCACUUUCCUCAACUCUCCCUUUUGGACCAUACACCCAGUCUAUUGCAGUGACGUGGUGAUAAAGGGGUUGACGAUUUUAGCUCCUCUCAAUGCGCCAAACACUGAUGGCAUUGACCCAGACUCGAGUACAAAUGUGUGCAUAGAGGAUUGCUACAUCGAGAGUGGGGAUGACCUGGUAGCCGUGAAGAGCGGGUGGGACCAAUACGGUAUCACCACCGCCCGCCCCUCCUCCAACAUCAUAGUAAGAAGGGUAUCAGGAACAACUCCAACAUGCUCGGGCAUCGGCAUCGGUAGUGAAAUGUCAGGUGGCAUCUCAAACAUCACUGUAGAUGGCUUUCAUGUAUACAAUGCCUCCUCCGGCAUCCGUCUAAAGACAGACAUAGGAAGGGGAGGUUACAUAGCCAAUAUCUCUCUGUCUAACAUCACCAUGGACAAUGUCAAGGUCCCCAUUAGGUUUAGCAGGGGUGCAAAUGACCACCCUGAUGAGGGUUGGGACCCUAAGGCCCUCCCCAUAGUGAAGGGAAUAGUUAUAAGAAAUGUGGUGGGUGUUAACAUAAAGAAGGGCCCUGUGCUAGAGGGCAUAGAGAAUGCACCUUUUCAAGACAUAUGUAUGUUUAAUGUGAAGCUUGAAGGGAUAGAAGAAGCUCAUAGGAAAUGGGACUGCAACUUAGUCACUGGUGGCUCUUUUGGUGUCUUUCCCAGUCCUUGCCCAUCAUUACAAGGUAAUGGAACAUGCACAGGUGAGACACAUGAGCUACCCAGUGUAUGAAAGAUCUAACCGAGCCGGCCAACCGGUCAUAGGCCGGUUCCAGUUAACUCAGCCACCUAGUACUCUCAAGAAGAUUGAGGCUUCUUUCAAUGGAGAGAGGCUACUUAAAAAGAGGAAGGGAAGUUGGUUUGUUUCCAGGACAAACUUCAGGGGUCCUUAACAUAGGAGUUGGCCGAGCGAGCUCGCAUUUUUUUGGGCAAGUGUAGCGGCCAUUGGUCUCGGCUGGUGACUUUGUUUCCUGUUUUAUUUAUAAGUUAGGUGAGCCAAGAUUCAAAUCCAUGAUCAUGCCAUUGAGCCUUUUAAGAAACAAAACUAGGUUAAGCUUGUUUGGGCUUCUUGGAACAAAUUUCAAAAGUUUAGGUUCCUUAGAACCCUUGAGCUGCCUCAUCCCAACCGAUACGUCUACCAGCACUAAGCCAAUAUUGUCGAGCCCUUAUGUCCUAACUGCUAAGUCAAGAGGCUAAAGCUUAUUAGUCUAAGAAUGUGCUGCAAGCAUGCAACCAUUAAGCCAAGAGGACAGACACUAUAAGGUGGCUGUUUUGGAAGGUGUUCUAAUUUGGACUGUUGAUUAUGCUUACUCCAAAAUGUUGUUCGGUUUGGGGUGCCUAACUACUCAAAUAUGAAGGGGACCGGACAACAGGAUGUUAAAAGCUUCGCAUUUUCAUUUUCUUUUUAUUUCAGUAUGGCAAACCACUACAGUAGCAUUUGAUGACGCAAGAUUUGAUACAAGGAAGGGAAAAGAGAGAAAAGAGAUACAUUACAGAGAAGAAAGUAAAAGAAACGAUGCAGAUUACAUGUUCAAUGAAUAUUUAAUUAUUCUUUUCUUUUUC